UUCGAACUAUUUUAUAACCUAAAAACUGGGCUAAUUUAAUAUGAAAUUGCACUUUACGGAAGAUUACUGAUACUAAAUUUUAUUUAUAAGUAAACAGCAAAGAAAGACGAUGGCUUCAUUCUUAUGUCCAGACUUCCUCGAAUUUCAGGAUGUUUUGAAGAAGAUGCGAAUAUUGGAUGAUAAAAUUGUCUAUGCGCUAAACACUUCGAUCCCUACAGAAUCAUUUCAAACCAAAAUUAAUGCCACGGAAGCUUGUCAAGAUUUAUAUUCGCAAAUUCAAAAGGGUCACGCUGAUAGGGAGAAUGUGAUCAAACACUGCAUAACAGUUACUGCUGAAGCUGUUAAAAAUUUGAAAGCAGCUAAGGCGCAAAACUCAGAUGAUUUUGAAGUCUUAAAAAACUUGAAAUCUGAACAAAGAAAGUUACGUCUUCUACAAACUGAACUGAGUGUGGAAGAAGUUAUAAGGGAAAAAACAACAAAAUUAUUCACAGAGAAAUGUAGAAGUUAUUAUAAACCACACAUUUUAUGAAGACUGAGGAAAAAGCAUUUACUUGUUGGUUUAUGAGUAGUGUACAUAAUAUAAAUAGUUGUUGGUAUAUGGGCCUUUUACAAUAGCAAUUGAUGUUGAAACCUAUAUUUUUCUUAGAAUUGUAAUAACUAGUAAAAAAGUUGAAGGUGAAAAGAAACUUAUUUUGCUAUACAGUUGUGCAAAUUAAAGGAGAGAUAAAAGUAAUUUUUUUUUAAGAAAAAAAAAAUCUACUCUAAUUCUAUUUGUGAUAUGGAAAACUAGAAAGUUUUAGCUUUUAAUUUUCUUUUCUUAAAAAAUAUUACUUUAAAUAGCUCUGCUGUAUUAUUUUCCAAAUACACGUUAGACGGUUUACCUUUCCAGCAUCAUUGAGAGUAAGUUAGGAAUACUUUAUGUACAUACACAAAUAUAUGAAGACAACGACUAAGCAAUUAUUAUUCUAAGGAAAAACAAAUUAAACUUAUGAGAAUCUCUUAA